UGCAAUCUGUGCCUCUGGAAGAUAUUCUUUUGACUUGAGGAAUUCAAGGAACUUAAUCCACUUAUAAGCAUAGGAAUGCUGAGCAGAUGAUUUGUGUGCCACAUCCAGAAUGUGUGUAACAAAGGCAGAGAGAGGAGACAUAAACCUUGUAAGCCAUGAACUUUGUGGUCUGAAAGUCUGGAUGUCUCACUUUCCGUUCUUGGACCUGUUUGCAGCUAGCAGAUUUUUGUGAGUUCACAGAUGACCACUUGAAAAGCUACAGUUACAGGUAAGCAACCUGACCUUACUUGAAGAGGUAUUGGUCCAACUUUGAUUCCCAAAUAUCACCUUUUUUGGUAGUAUAAAUGUACCCUGCUACUACAUCAGACUAGUCACUAAAACAGCUUUCAAAGGUUUUUCUGGGACAGACAUACCAGUCUUCAUUGCCAUGUGAUAAUAGAGGCUGUCACUAGAUGGCAUUAAUACAGAAAGUUUCAAAGGCACCCUGUUACUCUUUCUCAAUUUAAAGGAAGGGAAGAAUGGGAAAGGAUGGAAAAAUUGUGUUCCAAAAAUGUUGAGAGUGCUGUCUUUCUCAAGCCUAAUUCAGAACUAUUUUACUAGUAUUGUGAUAAAAAUCAUAACAAUAAAUGAACCCUCACUAGAUCUCCAUUCCCUGGAAGCAAGAAGGGCACAUAAGAAAUUUCAGACCUCCUGACUCCAUCCUGUGUUUUCAUUUGGACUAUUCUGCUAGGCAGUGAACCUCACUCUUGUGAUAAUCCUUUCCUAAUGUACCCAUAUACUUGACAAACUGGGCAAAUGGGUGAGGCAUCACAUUUUACAUACCGUGUUUCCCCGAAAAUAAGAGUGUUUUAUAUUAAUUUUUGCUCCCAAAGAUGCUCUAGAUCUUAUUUUUAGGGGAUGUCUUAUUUUUCCAUGAAGAAGAAUUCACAUUUAUUGAUGAACAAAAAAAUGAACAUUUAUUGAAUAUUGUACAGUAGUUGUCAUCACAAACCAGCAUAACCAGACAAACUGUGAAUCCUAUCAAUAAUGUCUUGUUACUACCAUUAUUUCCAUGUACAACACCCUAUGGUACGUACAUUUACCAAUCCUGCAUGCUCUGGUAUUCUGUUCGUUGGCUAUGCUUCCAAACAAAAACUUUGCUAGGUCUUACUUUCAGAGGAGGCCUUAUAUUUAGCAAUUUAGCAAAACCUCUACUAGGUCUUAUUUUCUGGGAAUGUCUUAUUUUAGGGGAAACAGGGUAAUUUUCAUGCAGUGGAUUUGAAAUAAAGGCUAAGAAACAUUUAUGCUACUUAGUAUUCAGUAACCUUGAAAAGAUUGUCUCCUUCACUAAGACCACCUCAGGCAACAUAUUUUAAUUCCCUAUCUGUUUAUCCACAGAACAUAUCCUAUGAAAACAGAACAUAUCCUAUGAAUUCAACUCAGAACACAGGUGUCAAUGUUGAGAAGGAACAUCAACAGUUUUAAGAUACACUGAUGAUAUAUUACUUGCAGAAAAUAGCAAUAAUUUGGAAGGACUACUGGUGAAAGUUAAAGAAAGUGCUAAACAAACAGGGUCACAGUUGAAUGUAAAAGAAAAAUAAUGACCACAGAUUAUCUGCAUAGUUUUAAAGCAUGUAACAACGCUCCAUGCAGUCAUGCCGGCCACAUGACCUUGGAGGUGUCUACGGACAACGUCGGCUCUUUGGCUUAGAAAUGGAGAUGAGCAUCAACCCCCAAAGUCGGUCACGACUGGACUUAAAAGUCAAGGGAAAACCUUUACCUUUACCCAUAAAGUAUAUAACAAAGACACUAAAACAAUUUAAAUAUUUCAUAUUCUUUAGUUUAGUUAUUUUCUUAAAUGGAGACUGUAGUCAAGAAAUCAGAAGAUAAAACCUGGGAAAACAGCCAUGAAAGAAUUUGAUAAUAUCCUCAAGUGUAAUUACAUAUAAUUAAAUACCAACACCCAGGCUAUUGCAUUUAUGAUUUCUAUGUAUGGCUGUAAAAGCUGAACAGAGAAGAAAGAAAAGUGAAGAAAAACAAUUCAUAUGAAACAUAGUGUUGGAAAAAAGUUUACUUUAAAAAAAUAAUCUUUAUUGAAAGUUUUAACAGUGAAAAUAUAGUUUAAAAAAUAAGGAGAAGAAACAGAAAUAAAGUGGUAUUGGAGUAAACGGGAUCAAGGUAUUUUGGGGUGUUUCAGGGUAGGUAUAUGGGAUAGGUCAGUGGGAAGGGAGAAAGGAAAAAAAGAAUGAGAAAAAGGGAUUAUCUUGUCUUCCAAUCUUCUUUGUGUUGUUGGAAAAAAGUUUACUGAUAUUGUGGGCUGCUUUUUUAAAAAGACACAUGGCUGAGACUUAGAGCAAAUCAAGCCUGAACUUUCAGUAGAAACAAAGAUGGCUAAACUGAGGCUGUCAUACUUCGGUCAUAAUCAUGAGAUGCUGUGUCUCAUUAGAAAAUAUGACAAUGUUCGGAAAAGUGGAAAGCAGUUGGAAACAAGGAAAAUCAAGAUACUACAGGUGAAAACAUCACCCUGAGCUUGCAAGAUCUUAGGAAGGUAGUGGAUGAUCAUAGAUACUGGAGAGAUCUCAUUCAUAGAAUCGCCAUAAAUUGAACUCAUCCUAUGAGGACUCUGAAUGAGAGACUUCCAAGAUCUCUUACGAUUUCACAGAAGAUAAAUGGGGAAUAGUGCUCAUGGAGAUUUCAGUAUCUUUUACAAAGAUAAUUUGACUAAAUUUGGGUAUGUGCAUCUUUAGUUAAAGGAAUGUAGGGUUUCAUUUGUUACUGCAUUUCAGGCAAUCAAAUAUACGCUUGUUCUGGGUUUUUCUCGUUGCUUCCCAUCCCAGUCUCUCUGUUGACAAAAUAGUAUAUAACUGCUAUGAUUGUGAAAGGAACAUAUUUUAAAAAUAACUUUACCAGAGAAAAUCCUAUCGAAACAAUGAACUAAAAAACACAGAAGUUACCUUUAUCAUUGACACAAAUUAGUCUGGGUAAAAGUCUUAUGAUGGUGUGAAUCUUGGACUGCCUUUAUCAGGAUUGGAGAGAACAUGUUUUGUAAGUCGUCUUCCUCCCUAACGCCUUAUAUUCUCCCAUUAACUUGCCUGUCUGCUCCCACUAAGCUAAGGUCCUUGAAUAAUGGAGAGAGGUGAGGUCGGCUGUAACCUGAUUCAACUACGCUGCAUGCCUCUCUGGCUCUUUUCAGCUUUCAUUUUAUCUGCUCCCCUGCUCUUAUCCUGCUUCAGUGGGAUCAGGUUGGUUUAUUUUCUUUGUUAGCUGUAUGUCAGAGAGCGCCUGAGGCUGCAACAUGAUGCGGCCUCUAAUUGGUCACUCAAAAAGCUCCUGUAAUGCACAGCGUAAGAGCUCCAGUGGAGGCCAUACUGUUCCUUUCUGGAGGCUGUUGAGCCGCACUUGUUGACAUCCCCAGCAACUCCCCACCCUUCCUCCACUGAACACUGUGCACAAAGGUGUCUUUUUCUGCUUGGAUAUAGAAGCCUGUAUUUUCCAUUGCUGCUUUCUCUUGGUUCAGGCCUGGGACAUCUGUGCUGGAAGAGGACUGGGAUUGGAGCUUCUGCUUUGGGGGAUGGAAUUAUCUGGGAGACAUGCCGCAAAGUGAAAGAGAAUUGCCCAGCUUUCCCAGCUGACAGAUUGAGUCCGGAUGCCUGUGGAGUCCCUCGCCUCCAGCAAGGAACAGUCUUUCCCAGCCUAAGAAUUGCCAUGCGGUGCUUUCUAAGGCGGUCCCUUACAGUAGGCAUUUCCCUGCUGGUGUUCCUGCUCAUCAUAAAUCUGUAUUCCUGGCCCCAAGAGGAUUCUGCAAUGAAGGAAGUGCAGCGAUGGGCUCAGGAUAUAGGCCUUCACCAGCUUCACGCCGAUCAGAACCGCCAUAGCCUUCAAAGGCUAAGCAAUGCCACCAAUUUCCUGAAUGUUUCUUAUCACUAUCUUGCUGGCACGCCUCCACUCCAGAAAAAGUUUCUGACAGUGGGGCUGUGUUCUGUCAAGCGGAAACGAGAGAACUAUCUCAUGGAAACCCUAAAGUCUGUUUUUGAACAAUCAACUCAGGAAGAGCUGAGGAAGAUGGUGGUGGUGGUGCACUUAGCUGAUCCAGAUCAGGAGUGGAAUGCACAAAUGGUCGAGCAGGUUGCCAAGAGAUUUGCCCCACAUCUUCUGCUGGGCCACUUGCUGCUUAUUCAUGCACCUUCUGAAUAUUACCCUUCCCUGGAAGACCUAAAGAGGAACUUCAAUGAUGCUGAAGACCGUGUGCAAUUCAGAUCAAAGCAGAAUGUGGAUUAUGCCUACCUCAUGAACUUCGCAGCCAACCUUUCUACCUACUUCCUCAUGAUUGAAGAUGAUGUCCGUUGCUCCAAGUCCUUUUUCACAGCCAUCCAGAUGAGGCUGGCAUCCCUCAAGGACACCUCCUGGGUAACCCUGGAGUUUUCCAAGCUUGGCUACAUUGGCAAACUCUACCACUCCCGUGACCUUCCCCAACUGGCUCGAUUCCUCAUGCUCUUUUACCAGGAGAUGCCUUGCGACUGGCUUCUUGUGCACUUUCGCCUCCUCCUUACCCAAAAGGAAGUCAUUCGUUUCAAGCCAUCCCUCUUUCAGCACAUUGGCCAUUACUCUUCCUUCCAGGGCACAGCAAACAGGUUGAAAGACGAAGACUUUGAAGAGGACCUUUCUAGAUUCCCAGACAAUCCCCCAGCAGAUAUGGUUACAGAUAUUGUGACAUUUGAGAAUUACCUGCCCUAUAAGGCUUACAGCAACAUGGCAGACUAUUUCUGGGGCAAGGCCCCCACUGCUGGCAGUUAUUUCACACUGGUGUUUAAGCAGGCAGCUCCCAUUGUCCGCAUCCAGAUCCAUACAGGAUCUGAGCACCAUCAAGACGACUAUCUCCGAGCAGGGCUUGUGGAGUUGGGCACUGAGAAGAGCAAGCAACACUGUAUCAAGUAUACCCCCAUUGGGCGCUUUGAAAAUGGACAUUUUGACAGAGGGAACCUAGAGAACAGCACAGCCUCUGUGCCUGAGUGUAUGCGUAUUAUGGUGACUGAGGGUCAGAGUGAAUGGCUGAUCAUAAGCAGCAUCAGCAUCUGGACAAAGCCCAGGUCCUGAAUGAACUCCAUGCUGAAUUAUCAAAGUUUUUUUGCAGUGGCAGGAACACUGAUGGUGGACAGUUUCUCCUCAUUGAUGUAAGAAUCUAAUAGGCAGAAGAAAAAGUAGGUUCUGUAUCCCCAGUCAUAAUGAGUCUGAUAUCAUUUACAAAUUAGAUGCUUUGGACCUAUAUAUUUCCUCAGAAAUCAGAUCAUCCCAUCGGCAUUCUGCACAGUUGUGGCAACCUGCAGUAUCUUCAACUGCACCUGUUAGAGAGGCCCUGUUGCACAAGUUUCUCUAGCUCCAGGCUGAACUACUUUAUACGCACCUUCCUUUUCCUACUAUCAUUGACAGUAUAGUUUGUUAUGUGGGGCUAGAGAAAUAGCAAUCAAACUGGACAUCAGAACGGAGUGAUAAGUCUAAUUUGUAGCCUCAGGAACAUCUGUUGGGAUUCCUCUUGGCUUUGUGCCCUCCUGAUUUACUACCCUGGAAGAUACAUAACCUUACAGUCUCCACCAUAGAAGAUCCAUAGAGGCACGGGUGGAGGAAAGGAUAUGCUUCCUUAUUUCCCUCACUCUAGCGUGAUCAGCCAUAUCAAUGAUAACCUAUACCUCUCAGGUGUUUGUAUCUAAAAUGCAGGAGACUCUACAGGAGACAAUAUUAUAGGAGACAAACUGAGUACACACCUUUUAACCAAAACUGCAUGGAGCAGAUUUAGAAAAGUUCAAGUCUACAGAGGUUUUCACUAAAGUUGUGUGAUGAAUUUCUUGCA